CAUCGUCUUAAGGUCAAAUCCAGCAUUUGCUUGUCCUACCGGGCAAGCAUCGUCUUCGUCGAAUCCGACCGGUUGCGAGCAAAUAAAUCACACUGACUUAUUCGUCAACGAUAUUGGCCAUUUGUUACUAAACAAAAAAUUUUCGGAUGUUGUUUUACAAGUAGGAAAUGAAGAAUUGCACGCCCAUCGUGUUGUGCUAGCCUCACGCAGUAAUUAUUUCAGCUCAUUACUGUAUGGAGAAUAUCAAGAUGCCCAAAAAAGUAAAGUGCCAAUAAAUGAAGGAUCAGCCGCCUCAGUUAAAGUACUUCUUCAAUAUAUUUAUUUUGGUCGAAUUGAUUUAAGUAUUCUCGAGAGUAAAGUUAUAUCGGAUCUAUUAAUUCUCUCGAAUGUAUAUCGUUUUACAAACUUACAACUCUCACUGUGCGAAUAUUUGAUAAAGAAAAUCGAUGUACACAACGUAAGCUCGUUGUUUACUAUGGCAUUUUAUUAUCAAAUCAAAGAACUCGAAGUCGAAUCAUUUAAUUUUAUCGUCAUCCACACAUUGGACGUAUUGCAAUCUGACGAUUCUCUCUCUUUGACGCCCGAAUCAUUACUACGUAUUCUCAAUCGUGACACGGUGUAUGCCAACGAAUUUGAUAUAUUCCGUGCGGUUUGUCGCUGGAUAAAAAAAAAACAAAACGUACUAGCUCCUGAUGCUAAAACCAAAAUUUUAUCUGCAGUCAGAUAUCAGCUUAUGGAUAAUGAAGAACUGUCCGAAGUUAGGCGAUCAGAGCUGGUUCGUUCAGAUACAAUCGUUUUGGAUGUUAUAAAUGACUCCGUCACACAAACAUUAAAUGACCGAGGACGGCUAGAACCUAACGUUAAUUUUGCUGAAUAUCCUUCCAAAACGCUUUCUCAAAUUGAUGGCGGUACCAUGCUGAGGUUGGCUCUUCCAUCGAAUAUAAACUAUAUUGAAAUGAAGUUAAGGAACGAACAAGCAAUGCAUUACUCUUAUUAUAUUGAAGUAUCCACGGGUAAGAACGAUUGGUUGCGUGUUGUUGAUCAUUCAAAUUAUCAUUGUCGGUCAAUUCAACGUUUGUGGAUUAACCGAAUACUUGUCCGAUACAUUCGAAUUGUUGGCAUCAAUAAUGAUAGUAUUAAUACUUUUGACUUUUUGAAAGUCAUGUACAAUACAGAACUAAUGCACUUGGUGAAAAUCAAAAACGGAUUAGUAGCUCCAAAGUACAAUGUUGCCUUAUCAUCUAUGGAUGCAACUGUAAUCGAAGGAAAAUGGUUGAGGACCAACCUUUUGAAUGGCGACUUUAAAAAUUACGAUGAGAAUCGCAAUUAUACAUAUCAUACCCUGAACAUGGAUUGUAUAAAGGUUCAACUUGCCCAACCGUAUAUGCUUAGUUCAAUAAAGAUGCUGCUUUGGGAUUGUGAUCACCGAACCUACGGAUUCGAUGUUGCAUCGUCGGUCAAUAAUAUUGAUUGGGAAGAGAUUACACCUAAAUAUUAUGAUACGCGCCGAUCGUGGCAGUUGUUUAAAUUUGAACUCAGACCGAUAGUGUAUAUACGUAUAACUGGCUAUUUUUCUUUAAUGAAUGACAGGUUAUUAAAAAUUGUACAUUUGGAGGCACCUGCUCAAGUAUCGCUGGAAGAGCGGAGGUCGAAAUCGCAGGUUUCCAGUCGUAAUAAAUAGCGCCACC